AUGCCAGUCGCUUGGUUCUUCCCAUCAGAGACUGUCAUUAUGUGCGCAAUUAAGCGGAUGCUGGUCAUUUGGCUACUCGCACUGCUUCACGUCACUGUCGCAUCGCCCAGUUUCGAGCAAAAGUGCCUUGCCUUUAGACGCGAUAACCGGACCAUAGGAGCUAAGCUUAACGUCCUCCAGUAUGUUGCUGCAGGUACAAACCUAACCUUUCCGGAUAAUGAUGCAAGCUGUGCUCGUGCGAGUCAAAAGGUGUCGGUAGACUUCUGUCGCAUAACGCUUGAGAUCAAGACAUCCAGGAUAUCAAACAUAUCAUUUGAGGCAUGGUUUCCGGAGAAUUGGUCGGGUCGCUUCCUGGCCACAGGGAAUGGAGGUAUUGAUGGGUGCAUCAAGUACGAAGACCUUGCAUAUGGCGCACUGAACGGCUUCGCUACGGUGGGUGCAAACAACGGGCACAACGGCACAGGGGGAGCAGCCUUCCUUAACAACCCUCAGAUGGUAGUUGACUUUGCCUAUCGAUCACUCCACAAGACAGUGGAAACAGGAAAAGCACUAUCCCAACAGUUCUAUCAAUCAAACUAUACCAAAUCUUACUACCUGGGCUGCUCUCUAGGCGGACGUCAGGGUGUCAGUAGUGCAGAGAAGUUUCCCAAAGACUUCGACGGCAUCGUUGCAGGCGCCCCAGGCGUCGAUUUCAAUAGCCUUUACGCCUGGCGUGCCCACUUCUUCAGCAUCAUCGGUCCAAAGGCUAGUCCAAACUUCAUCCCUGCCACAGCAUGGAGAGGUUGGAUCCACGACGAAGUCCUGCGCCAAUGCGACACCAUUGACAAGGUCAAAGACGGCAUAAUCGAAGACCCAAGUCUCUGCAACUUCGACCCUUCAACUCUACUAUGUGACCGUAACAAAACAAGCCAGUGUCUGAACCAGCAACAAGUUCAGCAGCUCCAAACAAUCUUCAGCCCUUAUACGUACGAGAACGGCGACUUGAUCUAUCCAGCCAUGCAACCCGGCAGCGAGAUUCACGCCGUAGACCGUCUCUACGAUGGCACACCCUUCGGGCCUUCAAACGACUGGUUCAAAUACGUCGUCUACAACGAACCCUCCUGGAACGCGUCGACAUUCGACCUCGACGACGUACGCGCAGCGCAAACGCUCAAUCCAGGCGAUAUCCGCACAUUCCCGUCUUCGCUGUCGGGGUUCAGAGACCGCGGCGCCAAGCUGCUCAUGUAUCAUGGUCAGCAGGAUAACCAGAUUAGCUCCUUCAACACGCCUCGCUUUUACGAGCACUUGCGCGGUAAUGCAAGUUAUGCAGCCAUGGAUGAAUGGGUGCGCUUCUUUAGGAUUUCAGGCAUGUUUCACUGUAGCACAGGGCCUGGCGCGUGGGUACUGGGUCAAGGCGGGGAGGCAUCGCAGGCGGGGAUCGCGUUUGACCCCCAGCACAAUGUUCUCAGUGCCAUGGUUAAUUGGGUGGAGAAGGGUGUUGCGCCAGAGUACAUUGAGGGGACAAAGUUUGUGAAUGACACCGUUGGAGCUUGCUUUCCUUCAACUUCUCUCUAG